AUGGAUAUCGAAUUUAAAGCUGAUCCAAAUGAAAUAUAUUUACUUGCAGCAAACUCAAAAAUGUUGAAAGUAAACAGAGCUUUGCAAGUAUCGGGUCAUUACAAAUUGAAGCUCGCUGCCUUAGAUCUCCUUGAUGACCAUGUCUCAAAUAAAGAUUUAUUAUCAGAUUUAAGCCACAACCAAUAUGCUUCAGCUAUUAACUACCAAUCUUACUCUCAAGUGCCAUGUGUUAAGGAUAAAGCCAGCUCUUUAUUAACUAAAAUGAUUAUCAAAGAAUGGGGAAGUUCAGAUGCUACCGUAGAAAACCGUAAAUUCAUCUCUGAUAGCCUCAAAUUAAUUGUAGACCCAGUUUCCUUACCAGAAAAAUAA